AUGUCGUGGAAUUUAUCGGUUAUUCUCGUACUUUUCUUGGUACUCUUGAAGAAUUAUCAAAUCUAUUCAAUACCUGCAUGUGUUAUUAUCGAUACAAAUAUGAUUCAACGUGCAGAGAGCGAAAAUUUAUCAUCAAAUAAUCGUUCAGCAUCGCUACUUCUUCGAAAUUUACGUAUGCUUGAUCGUCAACGUUCAUCGGACUUUGUACUUGAGCCAAUUCCUCUAUCGCAUAUUGACAUAAAACAAGUCAGUUCAUCACCGCCAUUGAGAUCAUCUUCUUUAUCAUCACCAACAACAAAUAUCAAUCAUCUACCAUUGAAAAAAACUUUAACGAAUUCUGCGAUUGAACAAACGUUUUCUCCAUGUUCAAUUAAAUUGUUAAAUGAAAUCGAAACUAAAAUGGUUGUUCCAUUCGAAUUCCGUCGUCUACGUAUUGAACAAUCUGACCAUCGACUGAAAUAUUUCGAUGAUGAUCCACGAGAAACAGUUCCUGACCUUUCUACAGCAGUUUACGAACGACGUUCAGAUCCCGACGGAGUUCGUUUCUGUCGUUCGUGCCGUGAUGGUUUUUGGACUCAAUUAACAGUAUGUGAUGCCGUUCGAUGUGACGCAGAAUUAUUACGUGCAAAUCCACGUUUAGUCACUGAAUGGGGUGAGAUCAAACCAAUCGAUGGCGGUGCAUUAUAUGCGCCCUCGACUGUUUUUGCUAUUUAUGCAUUUGCCUUCGGUCCACAUUGUAAACGAUGUGAACCCAAUGGACAAUGGAGUCGUUAUGCUUUACCCGAACUGUGUUCUGGUAUUAAAUUUUUUGGUCAUCCAACAAGUACAGCAGCGACAACAAUAAGUAAAAGUCAAACAUCGACGAGAUCUAAACAGCCGACAACGUCGUUCUCAUCAACAAAUAGCAAAAAGAAUUAG